AUGACUUACCUCGAUCUUCAUUUGAACGACACCGAAAUUGAUCUGUAUUCUGAUAACACGACACAAUAUGAGGCUGGUUAUAACGUACAGGAUGUGGAACAUAAACUUCUGAAUAGUAAUUUGCAACCAGAGGUGAAGUGGUCAGAAAACAACAGGAUGGUAGUAAACACGGAGAAGACGAAAACCAUGGUUAUUGGAAGCAAGUUUAAAGUUCGGGGAAACCUUAACCUUGAUCUAAAUGGCUCUCGGAUUAAGACCACAGAUAACAAUAAGCUGUUAGGUGCAUGUUCCGAUUUGACCAGAAUUUCAACUGGAGUAAACACAUUGACAUGUUAUGCAAAAGAGUCUCGAUCACAGCGACAUG